CAUUCGAUCUCCACUUCAACAAUGGGCCAAAGCCAAAUGCCUUAGGUGAACAGAAAUAAUAGGCAAACAAGGGGUCAAGGAUCCUCACAAUGAAAAGAAGCAGAAACUUGAAAACUGUCUAAAUCUGGGGUUGAAAGAAGGCAGUGAGUUUGGAAGGUGGAGGAGACCUUGGCACCAUUAUUCAAGUCCUGGUGUAAUCAUAUUUUGAACUCAAGACCAUGUAAGUAAGAAGUUAGAUAUGAAGAAAACUGCUUCUGUAAUGGGAGCUGUGUCUUGAAUGCCCCUUUAUGUUUAAGCAUCCCUCACACUGCAGUUAAGGUCUUUCUACUAUAUAAGAAUCCAAGACAAUGAGAAGCAUCACCAGCUACCUUUCUUACACAUUAGCAAAGGGUAUAAAUGUGACCUCAGUUUUGUUAUGAUAUUAACUGGACUGUGUUUUCACCUCCCAUUUUUUUGUAAAAUUGUAAGUGUAUCAUAGUAAUCAGUACUCAAAAGUAGCAUCUGGACUACCACAAAUUUGAAUAAAGGGUCAUCUUAUUUCCAUAUGUAUACCUCCUGUUUCAUAAAUCUUUGAAAAAAUUGCCUUUGAUAUCCACAAUGCAGAGCCCAGUGGGCUGCUACUCAUUCUUUGGUUCAGCCAACUCUAAUAUCUCUUAUCUGUCUAUCUGUCUGUCUGUUUCUAUCUUUCUCUGUGUCUAUCUCUUCUUUGUGUCUGUCUGUUUUUUAGUCUGUGUCUUUUUCUCUCUCUGGAGUGUACAGGUCUUUGUUAAAAAAAACUUUUUGAUUAUACUUUUGGCAAAUCACCUGAAUUGUUUCUUUUGUGAAUACAAGAACUGAGGGAAAGCCUUCACCAAGGUGUUGUCUACUGAUUCCACUGCUUUGCUCGGAGUGCUAAACUCCUAUUACCCAAGUUUUGCUAUCUCUUCAUCCCCUCUGUUCAAUGUUGCUGCUAGAGCAUGGGAGUUUAUUAUUCUUUUUUAGUCAGUCUGAAAAUCAUCAAUAGUUUUAGGGAUGUGGAAAAUGUGGAGAACUAUGCCAUCUCAGAAGGCAUCCAGUAGAGUGCUAGUUUUACAUUAUUACUGGUAAAAUGAUCUCCUGUGGUGGGCGGUGGUGUGGAUUCUGAAUAGGGGUGAUGUAAGAUGGAGCUACAUCUGAGAAAUGGCUGUUGUUGAAAUUUUUCAGGUGCAGACAGAAUGGAAGACGACUACUCCAUCCCUCUGAAUGGAUCAGAAGUGGUGGUCUAUGAUUCUCUCACAUCCAGAGUUCUGUGGAUCUUCUCAAUGGUGGUCAUCUCCAUCACUUUUUUCCUCGGGUUGCUGGGCAAUGGGCUUGUGAUCUGGGUAGCUGGAUUUCGGAUGGCACACAGGGUCACCACUAUCUUUUAUCUGAACCUGGCUUUGGCUGACUUCUGUUUCACGGCUAUUCUACCAUUCCUUAUCACCUCAUUGGCCAUGAAAGCAAAAUGGCCUUUUGGUUGGUUCAUGUGUAAAUUUGUUCACAUUGUGGUGAUAAACCUAUUUGGAAGUGUCUUCCUGAUUGCUCUCAUUGCCUUGGAUCGCUGUAUUUGUGUCCUACAUCCAGUCUGGGCUCAGAAUCACCGCACUGUGAGCCUGGCUAGAAAGGUAAUCAUCAGACCCUGGAUUCUUGCCCUCAUCCUCACAUUGCCCAUUUUCCUCUUCUUGACUACGGUUAGAAUUCCAGGAGGGCAUAUGUACUGUACAUUCAGCUUUGCGUCCUGGGGUGACACUGAAUGGGAACGGGUGAAUGCAGCUAUCACUAUGCUAACAGUCACAGGAAUCAUCAGGUUCAUUAUUGGCUUCAUCAUGCCCAUGUCCAUCGUUGCCAUCUGUUAUGGACUCAUCGCCGCCAAGAUCCAUAGAAGAGCCCUUGUUAAUUCCAGCCGUCCUUUACGCGUCCUUACUGCAGUUUUGGCUUCCUUCUUUAUCUGUUGGUUUCCCUUUCAACUUGUGGCCCUUUUAGGCACAGUCUGGCUCAAAGAGUUACUUUUUAGUGGUGGUUAUAAAAUUCUUNUCUUUGUGUCUGUCUGUGCAGACAGAAUGGAAGNACUGGAGAGAGCCCUGAGUGAGGACACUGCCGAGAUCAGUGGUACAGGCACCAAUAUUGCUUCAGCUUCUCAAGGCAUCGAGAUAAAGGCCAUAUGA